AUGCUGGAACUAAUCCAUGCCUUCCUCAACCUUACAGCUCCCCCAUUCACCUACUUCUCUCUCAUGCUUUUCCUCCCACCUUUCCAAAUCUUCAAGUUCUUCCUCUCCCUCUUAGGCGCCCUUUUCAGCGAAGACAUCUCCGGCAAGGUCGUCGUCAUCACCGGCGCCUCCUCCGGCAUCGGCGAAAGCCUUGCAUGCGAGUAUGCGAAAAGAGGGGCGUGCUUAGUUCUCGCGGCGAGGAGAGAGAGAAGCCUCCAGGAAGUGGCAGAUACGGCGCGGUAUCUGGGAUCACCGGAGGUCAUCGUUGUUCGCGCCGAUGUAUCCAAGGUCGAUGACUGCAGGAGGGUCGUCGAUCAAACCAUGAGUCAUUUUGGAAGAUUGGAUCAUCUGGUUAAUAAUGCUGGAGUUAUGUCGGUUGCGCUGCUGGAAGAAGUCGAUGAUGUUACUGAUUUCAGAGCAAUUAUGGAUGUGAACUUCUGGGGAUCAGUGUACAUGACUCGAUUUGCUGCCCCUUACUUGAGGCACAGCAGAGGCCGAGUCGUUGUGAUGUCCUCUUCUGCGUCGUGGCUGCCUGCGCCCAGAAUGAGUUUCUACAAUGCGAGCAAAGCCGCAAUGUCACAAUUCUUCGAGACGCUGCGGGUGGAAUUCGGGCCGGACAUAGGAAUAACCCUUGUUACGCCAGGAUUCAUAGAAUCCGAACUCACACAGGGAAAAUUCUUGACCAAGGGUGGUAGGCUCGAAGUUGAUCAGGACAUGAGAGAUGUGCAAGUGAGCAUGAUUCCGAUAGAGAGGGCGGAUAAGUGUGCCAAGUCGAUCGUGAGGAGUGCAGUGCGGGGGGAGAGAUAUCUGACUGAGCCGAGAUGGUUCAGGAUGAGUUACCUGAUGAAGGUAUUCUGCCCGGAGGUGUUGGAGUGGAUGUACAGAGUGUUGUACAUUGCCAGCCCCUCGUCGGAGGCGCUCAGCAAAAAGAUGGUGGACUAUACCGGAGCUAAGACUCUGCUCUAUCCGGGAGUCGGUUCACGUGGCUGA